AAGGCGGAGUUGAGAUUUCGAUUGUGCGUUGCACGUCGGGGCUUGGCAUUUUUGGCUCCGAUGCCGAAGUUUUGCCGCUACUCGCAACCAAGUGUCUCCCUCCGUCGACACGCACUCAGUUAUGAACCCGCAGGACACAACUAUUAACACAAUGGCCACCGGUAAAUUUCAUGAAGCACUCGAUCGAUUCAGAAGGCAAUAUUUUCAAUUGGUAGACACGAAGGAACUCGCUUGGCCACCGCAUGAUACAUUGCGAGAUCUCAAGUCGCAGACGUGGCUGUUCAAAAAUCUGUUUGACAUUGAAAACAUUACCUAUUUGCCUCCGGAACGCUACAGACUCCGUGUUCUCAAGCAGCUACUGCGCUCGAUAGAAGAUUCAAUCUGCGAUCCUGAAGAAGAUGAGAUUUCAGAUGACCUUUCGUCUGCCCUAGCUGUCCUCAUGUCCCGAAAGCUGCCUACAGAGGCCACCGCUGCGCAGCAAUCGGCAUACGUGACAUACAGUUUUCCUUCUCUCGGUGGUUUAGAUCCAGCAAUAACCCUGCUUGAAUCGCGUUCCGUCAUAGCGUCUUCGGGAACUACUGGGCGUCGUACUUGGGAAGCAGCACUACACUUGUCCAGAUAUCUUGUCGAAGGGAAGAAAAUCGUCAAGGACAAGCACGUACUCGAGCUCGGAGCUGGGACAGGCCUUGUCUCGAUUCUCUGUGCCCGGUGGCUGGGCGCGAAGCAUGUUACAGCAACAGACGGUGACGACAGCGUCGUCGAAGACAUGCAAAAGAACAUCUUUCUCAAUGGCCUCGAGGGCGACAACAGUAUAUACGCAAAGUCGUUAAAAUGGGGUCACGUGUUCGAAGAAGAUGAAGCUGGGCAAUCACCAUAUUUCGACGUGGUCUUGGGAGCCGAUAUUACAUACGACGUUGCAGUGGUUCCAGCACUGGUUGCCACGUUUAGAGAGCUUCUUGUGCUCAACAGUCAUGUCGACAUCAUAAUAGCCUCUGCAAUUCGUAACGCGGACACGUUCGCUGCGUUUGUGUCCGCCUGCGAGCGGGCCCAGUUUUCAGUCGUUAAUAUCGAUUUCCCCAUCCAUCCGACGAAUGAAGGCGAGGGACCAUUUUACGCCACGACAUGUCCGAUACGGAUUGUGAGAAUGCAGUCAAAGGACGUCAUCCAAGACUAAUUCGCGACAUGAAUGGACUCUCGAAAGCUCCGCUUAGCGAGACGAUCUGUUCGAUAGUGAACCAGCUUGGACUUCAAAAGGGGCUGGCCUGAGUAGCCCGGCCCACGAUCGAGAGAUGCAUAAUCGGCGCUGGGAUCAGAUUGGCAUGUGCCAGUGGGUAAAGACUAGUAUAUACAAGCAGGACAGCUCUUCAGGAAAGUGCGGUGUUAUCAUGCAUGCUGUUCGUGAAGUCCUCGAAUGUUUCGGCUAGCCGCGGUUUGUAGAGGUUCUGAGCCAAAGAGGCACAAGCAUGUGGUUAUCAGUUCUCCCGGUCGGAAAAACGUCGCCAAAGUGUGCGCAGCAGGACCAAUUGGGCAAGUGUAUCGAUUUCGGAGAAUUUUGGGAUUGACAGGGUUGACGCUCUGACUUGCUCCGGCGAGCGAGGUACGGCACAUGCGUACGUCAAUCGAGGCGAUGCGGUGGUUCUCUGACCUGUGCUGUAUCCAUGCUCGAAAGCUGAUGGAGCGCAUCGUCUGUCCCAAUCGCAACCAACAUGAGCUUGUUCGAUCCAGCCUCAAAGCCGACAUCGGGAAGCUCGUGACGGGCGGCGAUUCAGUUGCCAGGCUUAUCAGUCUCAGCGCUUGCAGCUGCGCACCAUUUUGGGAUCAAAAAUGCGAAGCGCAGGGCGGCAGGUUCGUAAGGGGCCGUCUGAAAGUAAAG